AUGGCAAGUGUACUUGAUCGCUGUGGCGGUUACGCUGCUUGUACCUUGCUGAACACUAUCGGGGUGCGCUAUCUUGCUGUCUUCGAGAUCUCGGCUGCAAUCGUGUUCGGCAUCGGCUUCGUUGCCAGGAUGAUCGCGUAUGCUGUGAUGGCACCCAAAAAUGAUUAUGCGGCAGUCUUCACGACAUUUACGAACGGUGGAGGGUGGUCGAAUGAUCGCUCUGCGAUACUGAUGGCACAGGCUUUUGCGUUGUACUGCUUGUUCGGCAGCGAUGGUGCAGAAACUCGAGAUGCAUCCCUGGGUAUGCCGAGAGGCGUGGUCCGGUCAUACGCUUUUGGCGCAGUAUCUGGCCUAGGCAUGCUGAUCCUCUUCUGCUUCUGCUACACCGAGGAUGCCAUGAUCGCCAGUGAACGCUAUGGCUACGCCUACAUUGGAGUCAAUCUGAUUGCCACGGGAAGUGUUGCUGGUGCGAGAGGCCUGACGAGUGUUGUCAUCAUCCUCACCUUCCUCGGCACGAAGAACUUCAUGACAGCCUCGAGUCGUCAACUCAUGGCGUUUGCACGAGAUGGAGGUGUGCCGUUCGGUCGAUGGAUUGCGCACAUCCCGGUAGACCUGGACUAUCCGCCCAAAGCUGUCAUUGUUGUGGCUUUGUUUGCUCUGCUGUUGAAUCUUGUCCCACUCGGUAGCGCCGUCGCCUUCCAGGCCAUCGUCAGCUUGACUUUGAUGGCAUUCAUUGGCACCUACGAACUCUCGAUGUGCGUACUGAUCUGGAGGCGCUUUGCUGGCAACGUUGGUUUUUAUCGCCGUUGCCAGUGCCCCACAGUACGAUCUUGCGACUUUCAACUGGGCAUCGGUCAUCUUUGUGGCCUGAUGCUCAUGGCAAUCAUGUUCUACGCCGUCGGUGGCAGAAGAUUCUUCGGUGGAUCGGCGUUGAAGCAUGUCGACGUCGGUUAA